UACAUUACCCAGAAUGCUCAGCUGGAAAACAGACGCCACUGGCAGUAACACGUGUUUGAUGAUGGCGGCUUCCACGAAGAGAAUGGCUGCUGCAGAUACUGCUGCUGCUGCUGCCUCCUCCUCGGAUGAUUCCAGCAGCGACGACGAGGGGCUGAAAAGAUGUCAGGAAGCUGUUUGGGAGGCACAAGUAAAUAAAGAUGUCGAGAGUAAUGUAAAACAGUCAAAACGUGUAGUCGUCUCUGACCACGAUCACGAUGGCAACGAGCUUCAGGUCACUAAAGGAUUUCAAACACAUGUGGCUAAAAAGUUGGGACAUCUUCUGGAUCGGUGCAUUUCAGAGAUGCAACCUACACCCGCAUCCUGUGUAGAACCAAGGAAAUGUGGCGACGAUGAUGAUGAUGACGAUGAUGAUGAUGGAGGGUUUCGUCUGUUUUCCACAUCAAUACCAGGACAGAAAGUUGAAGAGGCUCCAGCCCCUGCGAGGCGCCGACCCGUUCCAAGUUCAAGUGACAGCGACAGCGAAAUGGAAACGAGGCUCAAGGAGGCAGCAGUGUCCAUCCGAGAUAUUUUACCCUCAUCAGCAUUGCAUUCUACGCUCACACUCCCCGAGACCCUCAGGUCAGAAACAGUAAAGAAGAAGAAGAAGAAGAAAGCAGUGGAGGACAACGAGGACCAUGCUGUGAUGAAAAAGAAGAAAUGCGAUCAGGUGAACUCUGUUGGUGGAGCUCAGACGCCUCAAAGCAACGGUGAAAACGGGAGCUCCGAGCAAGUUAAAGUCAAACGGAAAAAGAAAAAGAAGAGAGAACAAAACACAGAGGAAGAAGUUUUGGAAUGAACUUUUAGAAGCAACAUGUCAUCGUUUUGGGGAUGUUUUUCUUUGAUACUGUGAGAAAGUAGUGACUUGACUCAUUAAAGACACUUUCACGCCUUUCCUAGUCACUAAACUUGAAAUGGUCUUUACUUUGUGAAAAGUAAAAAUAUGAAAAAAAAGUUUUAAAAGUCAGUGAGAUACAAAUAAUGCAGGUAAGAUACUGCUGACAGACUUUUACAAUUUUUGAAUAUUACAAAACAUUUGAAUAAAAAUACAUGUUGGUGUUGAU